AUGACGACAAACAAAGUUGCUGUCUUGUUGGUACUUGUAGGGCUUAUAAGCUGUAAUAUUUGAUUCUUAUCUAUUAGUUGCAAGUGCCUCUUUGAUAAAUGUGCAAUCAUUAGCUCAAAUUGACGUAGAGUCUUAUGGAUGUGAUAAAUCCAAGCUUUAUGAUGCCGAAGAAGGCCUCAAGAAACUUAGCGAGGCUAUUAAUUUUGCUUAGACAGGAAGAUUAGAUUAAGAUAUUAAGGAAUUGAGAGAAUUGUAAAUGUUAGCAAAGAAAGGAAUGGAAGAACAAGUGCAGGUUUCAUUUGUUUAAGUUCACAAUCUACAAUACCUUUAUAUGUUAAAACAUAAAUUUGAUUCCUUGGCACUUAUCGAAAUGCCAAACACUUUUGCCCGUCCACAUAUUGAUGGAAUGAAAUCAUAAAUUAACUUAGUUUUGGCAGCUACCGACACUUAAACCAGAAAAGCCUGUUGCGAAAUGUUGUUCAAAAUGAUUGAAGUUCUACUUCUAGACCUACUCGAAUUAGAAGAAGAAUGCUAGAAGCCUAUCACUAUCAAUAUUGAGGGAGAAAUCAGAAAGAUUUAAAUUAUUAGAGGACAAUGUGAUAGUACUCCCACUCCAGAAUAACCAGUAAUCCCUGUUGAUCCUAAACCAAUUAUACCUGAUCCUAAAACUCCUAUCGUAAUUACACCAAUCCCUCCUAAACCUAAGGAUCCAACACCUAAACCUAAGGAUCCAACUCCUAAACCUAAGGAUCCAACACCUAAACCAAAGGAUCCAACACCUAAACCAAAGGAUCCAACACCUAAACCUAAGGAUCCAACUCCUAAACCAAAGGAUCCAACUCCUAAACCUAAAGAUCCAACACCAAAACCUCCUCCUAAACCAAAAACUCCUACCCCAACACCUUAAGUCGUUAUUGAUUGUGUCAAGGGUGCUAAUGUAGUAGGUGACAUGAGUGCAAGUUCAGAUUAAGCUGUUGCUGAUUCAGUAAUUGAAGGUAAAGAUCUUGCAGGAGCAACCGAUUAUGGUUAUGGUUUCUGGUUAAGAUGGUUGAGUAGAUAUCCAGAUGAAUUAAUUUCAGGAAGAACAAAAAAUACAUAUUACUUUGUAUCUAGAUUAACCACUAAUCAAAAAUUUAAUGAUGCAGAAAUGGGAGAUAGAGUUCUUGCCAUAUGGCAUUAUGAUAAUGGAUAUCAUUUCACUGCAUUAGAUAAGGCAUCUCGUAAUCCAAAUGUUAAUUAAAAUAUACCAACUGGAGAUAUUGAAGGAUUAUGGAGUUAUGUUUACUUUUCAUAUAGUGGAAGAUUAAAGAAGGCUGUUGGUUUAUUAAAAUUUGGAGCUAUUGGAAAAGUAUAAUAAAUCACAUUAGAUGUUACUCAUGAUAUUCCAACUUAUUUAAGAUUGGUAGUAGGAGGUAAAUAGUUUAGUUAUCCUGGAUUUAAUGGGUAAUUUACUAAUCCAGUCUUCAAAAUUGGUGAAGGAGCAUAUGUUAAUUCUGAAUUAGAAUUAUUCGAUUAUAAUCUUAAAUGCAAUCCUUAUCCAAAAUUAGAUUGUACUGAAAGAGCUAAAUAAACUCUCAUUCACAAAGCUGUUAGAUACAAUGAUUAGACUGCUAAAGUACAAACAGUAAAAACAAGUCUUGAAACACCAUUCCCUGAAGAAUAUUCAGUAAGUGGUUGGUUCAAAUGGAAAUAAUUAGAAAAAUAAGAACCAUGGCAUUUAAUGUUCAGAGUAUUUGCCACAAAAGAGAAUAAUAAUGCAAAGAAUUUAGGAGAUAGAGAUUUGGCAGCUUGGAUUGGUACUGCAAAUGAUGGUAUUGUGUUAUUGUCCACUUAUUCAUAUAAUAACUUAUUUGGAGAAGGUAACCCAAAUAUCAUGAAUCAAAUUCAACACAAGAAUAGAAUUUAAGAAUGGACAUUUGUUUACUUUGGAUAUUCAUUUAAAUAAAAGACUGCUCAUUCUAUUGUUCAUUUUAAAGAGGCUAGAGAAGAGAGAACAUUUGAGAAUGUUAACCAUUUCUUAGUCUAAAGACUUUCAAUCAAUUUAGCUAAAGAUGAUCAUUAUCCUUCUUGGAAUGGUAUUAUAGGCAAAUUUAGAAUUGAUUUAUGUAAUGGUGCUUAUGAUCCUAAAUUCCCAAGAACUACAACUCCAGUUCCAAGUCCAUCACCAUUAGGUCCAACUCCACCUCCUUCAAAGACUGUUGAACCACCCCCUAAAACUCCAACUAUUUAACCACCUCCUAAACCACCUGUUAAACCACCUACACCAGUUGUUGUAGUAUCACCUCCCCCACCUAUCAUAAAAACUCCAGAAGUUAUGUAAAAAUGUAUUGAAGGUCAAGCUGCAAUUGGAGAUUCAUCUUCAGCACCAGAUGUUAAACCAGUUGCUGAUAUUUAAGUACCAGAUGACGCUUUGAAAGAUGUCACAGAAUAUGGUUAUGGAUUUUGGAGUAGAUGGUUGACUAGACAUCCAGAAUAAUUAUUUGGAGGAAUGAGUGAACCAUGGUAUUUUGUUUCAAGAUUAACAUCAAAUGAUCCAUAUGAUAAUAUUAGAAUGGGAGAUAGAUUGUUAGCAAUAUUCUUAAGUAAGGAUGGAUAUACAUUUAUUACAAAUGAUAAAGGAACUUCUAAUCCUAAUCUUUAUAAAUAAUAACCAUAUAAAGAUAUUGAAGGUGUUUGGACAUACAUACAUUUCAGUUUCAGUCCAUUGAAAAAGAAGGCUGUUGCUUUUGUUCAUGCUAACAAAUAAACAUCCAUAGUUGAAUUAGCAGGAAUAACUCAUGAGGCUCCAAAGAAAUUAAGAUUCAUUUUGGGAGGUAAUGAUCUCAAACUCUAUCCUGGAUUCAAUGGUUAAUUCACAAGACCAGUUUUGAAGAUAGGUCCAGGUUCAUUUAUAGGUUCUCCUGAAGAUGUUUAAAAAUAUGCCUUAUCAUGCAACCCAUUACCAGAACCAGAUUGCAAGAAAGGAAGAGGAGUAAGUAAUUUGAUUGAAUCUACAAAAUAAUUUAACAAAGGAAGUGAAGUCACAAUGUUUGUAGCUGAUAAUGAACGUCCAUUCCCAGAUAAUUAUGCUAUUGGAGGUUGGUUCUUAUGGACACCAACUGAAUAAGAAGAAUGGCAUUUAACAUUCAGAGUUACAAUUAAUGGAUAAAAACAUAAUAAAAAUGAUUAAUUAUUGGGAGAUAGAGAUCUUACAACCUUUUUGGGUAAAACAGGAGGUUAUCACUUUGCUACUUAUACAUACACUGACAAUUUCGGUAAAGGAAAUCCAAAUAAGUACAUUAAUACUGAACAUUAAAAUAAGCAUACUGAAUGGCAUUACAUUUAUAUGGCUUAUUCAAGAGAGUAAAAGAGAGUAUUGACUAUUCUAUUCACAAAAGGUGAUAGAUAAGUGAAAUACAUAGAUGAGGUCAAUCAUUAUCUUGCCCCAUUAUAUAAGAUCUUUUUAGGAAAGGAUUAAUUCUAUCCAGCUUAUAGUGGUUAUUUAGCUAAUGUUUAAUUCUUUGCUUGUGAAAAUGCAUAUGAUCCAGACUUCAAACCACCUGGAGAACCAGAAGUUCCUAAAUAACCUGAAGUACCAAUCAAACCACCUGAGCCAUAAAAAGAACCAACAUGUUAGAAGGGUGAUACUAAUGUUGCUGACACUGCAUUCGAUUCAUAAAAACCAUUAAUUGAUCUUGUAUUAGAUAAACCAGAAUAAUUGUAAGAUGUAAGAGAAUAUGGAUAUUAAUUCUGGAUGAGAUAUAUGACUCGUCAUCCUGUUCCAAUGUAUCAAGGUAAAAGAGCUUCUUGGUACUUUGUUGCCAGAUUAUCAGGUAGAAAAGACUUUGAGGAUGUAGGAAAAGGAGAUAGAUUGUUGGCAAUAUACUAAGCUAAAUCAGAUUAUUCAUUUGUUACUAAUGAUCAUAAAAAUAAUAAUUUCAAUACAGAUGCUGGUCGUUUUGAAUUUGGAGAUAUUGAAGCUGUUUGGACAUUCGUUCAUUUUUCAUAUACCUCUGCAGGUAAAGUUGUUUCAUGGAUAUAAUAUGACAAUAAUGAACCAAAGACCUUCACUGUUGCUGCUACACAUGACAAACCUGAUUACUUAGAAUUUGUUUUAGGUGGUACCCAAGGUAAUACUUAUCCAGGUUUCAAUGGUUAAUUCACAUCUGUUGUUGUCAAAGUAGGAUAAGGUUCAUUUAUUGAAACAGCUGAAUAAUUCCGUAAAUUUGCAAUCUCUUGCAAUCCAAGACCACUCCCAGUUUGUAAUAAAGCUAAAGAAGUCUUGUUGAUUGAAAAAUCUAAGAGAUUUGAAGCUUAAACUAGUGAAGUUAAUGAAAUUACUUCUCCUGAAGAAUAAGCAUUCCCUGAUGAAUAUUCUAUUAGUGGUUGGUUCAAAUGGAGACCCACAGUUAUGGAACCAUGGCAUUUAGCUAUACGUCUCCAUUAAAAUAAGGGAAUGGAGAAUGCUAAUGCUGCCAAAUUGGGAGAUAGAACAUUGGGUGCAUUUGUUGGUAAUAAUGGAAACUAUGCAAUUACAACAUAUACUUAUACUAAUUUGAAUGGUGAAGGUGAUCCAAAUAAAUAUGUUUAAGUGCCUUAUAAAGAUCAAUUAGCUUAAUGGCAUUUUGUGUUCCUUGGAUAUAGCAGAGUUAAGAGAUAAGUUGUUGGUUUCUUGUAAUGGAAAGAGAGAAAGGAAAAUAUUAAUUUGGAAAAUAUCAAUCAUUAUUUAACCAAUUCAGUAUAUGUCAAUGUAGGAAAAGACAGAUUUUAUCCAGCAUUCAAUGGUCAUAUUGGAGGAUUGAGAUUAUAAUUAUGUAGUGGAGCAUUCACACCUGUAUUCCCAGAAGAUCCUAAACCACCUUAAGUACCAUCAACACCACCUCCUCCUAAACCAGUAGAUCCAACUAAACCUGAAGAACCUGUUUAACCACCUAAACCUUAAGAACCUGAGAUUGUCAGAAAGUGUGUUAGUGGAUAAGUUCAAAUUGGAGACAUGCCUUCAAGUGGUGAUAAAGUUGUUGAUCUCAAAGUCACUGAAGAUAAAUUAGGAAGUGCAAUUGAAUACGGAUAUGGAUUUUGGACUAGAUGGCUUACAAGAUGGCCAGAUAGUCUUAUUAAAGGAGCUAGUGAACCAUGGUAUUUCAUUUCUAGAUUGACGAAUAAUGAUCCAUAUGAUAAUAUUAGAAUGGGAGAUAGAUUGUUGGCUAUUUGGUUAGGUUAAGCUGGAUAUACAUUUAUCACUAAUGAUGUUGCUUCAGGUAAUCCAAAUCUUAACAAAUAAAUACCUUAUGGAGAUAUUGAAGGAGUUUGGACAUAUAUUCAUUUCAGUUAUAAAUCAGGAUAAGCUGUUGGUGUUGUUAGAGUUGGAGAUAAGACUCAAUUUACUGUUAUUGAUGCUAAACAUGACUAACCUAAAUUCUUAAGAUUGAUUGUAGGAGGUUCUGAUCUUAAAUUAUAUCCAGGAUUUAAUGGUCAAAUUUCAUCACCAAUUCUUAAAUUAGGUGCAGGUUCAUUUGUUAAUACUGAAGAUGAUUUCAAUAAGUUUGUGUUAGCAUGUAAUCCAAGACCAGAACCAGAUUGCAAGGGUAAGACUGAAAGCAAAUUGAUUGAAGGUAUAAAGAAAUAUGAAUCAACUUAACCAGAGUUUUAUGAACAUGUCAGGGAUGAGAAAUCUUUAUUCCCAACUAUGUAUGGUAUUGGUGGUUGGUAUAAAUGGGAACCAACAAAAUAAGAACCAUGGCAUUUGGCAUUUAGAGUUACAAUUAAUGAUUAAAAGACUAAUAAGAAUGCUGAUUUAUUGGGAGAUAGAACACUUGCUGUUUGGUUAAGCGAUCAAUAAUUGUAUGCAUUUGCCACUUAUACAUACACAAAUAUGUUUGGAGCUGGAUAACCAAAUGCAGCUUAAGUUAUUAAACAUUAAGAUAAACACACUGAAUGGCAUUAUAUUACAUUCUAAUAUAAUAGAGAGACCAGAGAAGCAUAUGGAUCAACUAUAUUUAAGGAUGGUAAAUUAGAUGUGAAAUUCCCUAAUGUAAAUCAUUACUUAGUUCCAGUUUUAAGAAUAUUGAUAGGAAAAGAUUAAUUCUAUCCAGCAUUCAGUGGAUAUAUAGCUGAUGUGACAUUUGUAAAUUGCCAAGAUCCAUACAAUCCAUAAUUUACUCCAGGCAAUCCUCCUGAAUUACCAAAACCACCUGUUAUACCAGUUGAACCACCUUAGCCAUUACCAGAACCAAAAUGUUAGAUGGGUGAUGAAACUAUUGUUGAUUCUUCAUUUGAUGAUGUUAAACCAUUAGCUGAUAUUGAAGCAACACCAGAGAAUUUGAAAGAUAUCAGAGAAUAUGGUUACUCAUAUUGGGUCAGAUAUUUGAGCAGACAUCCUAAACCAAUGUAUUAAGGUAAGAGUGAACCAUGGUAUUUCAUGAGUAGAUUGACAGUUAAUAAAGAAUAUAAGAAUAUUGAAAAAGGAGAUAGAUUAUUGGCUAUAUGGUAAGGUUAAGGAGCCUAUACAUUUAUUACAAAUGAUUAUAAGAGUAAUAAUUGGAAUCUUAACAAAAACAUUGAAUAUGGAGAUAUUGAAGGUGUUUGGACUUAUUUCUAUUUCAGUUACAGCAGUAUUACAAGUUAAGCUGUUGGUUUUGUUAAGUACACUGGUAAAGAACCAUAAUCAGUCACAUUUGAUGUUACACAUGAAAAACCAACAUAUUUAAGACUCAUUAUUGGAGGAUCAGAUCUCAAAUUAUAUCCAACUAUCAAUGGUCAAUUAACAAGAGCUGUAUUUAAGAUUGGUGCUGGUGCUCAUCUUGAUAAUGUUGAUGAAUUAAAUAAGUUUGCUUUGGCUUGCAAUCCUUAACCAAAAGAAGUUUGUUCCAAAGCUGUUGAAUAAGUUCUCAUUCAAGAAUCCAAAAAGUUUGAAUUAGCCAAAGCUACAGUAUUGGAAAUCCCAUCUGAUCCUGCAGCUGCAUUCCCAUCUGAAUAUAGUGUUUCUGGUUGGUUCAAGUGGAAAUAAACUACUAUGGAAUAAUGGCAUUUGGCCUUCCGUCUCCAUAUCAAUAAAGAAGAAGCAAACAAGAAUGCUGAAAGAUUAGGAGAUAGAACUUUGGCUGCUUGGGUUUCACCUGCUCAAGAUGGUAUUUAUGCCUUUGCUACUUAUACUUAUAAGAAUUUGAAUGGAGCUGGAGAACCAAAUUUGGCAAAGAUUAUCCCAUAAAAAUAACAAUAGACAAAUUGGCAUUUCAUUUUCUAUGCUUACAAUAGAGAUACUAGAAAAGUAGAAGGAUAUAUUCAAUUCAAAGACAGAAAGGAAACCAUACUUUUUGAAGAUGUUAAUCAUUUCUUAGUUCCAUAAGUAUAUUUGAACAUUGGUAAAGAUCGUUUCUAUCCUUCAUGGAAUGGCCAUAUUGGUAAAUUUAGAAUGAAUCUAUGUGGUGGAGCCUCCAGACCUGUUUUCCCAGAUGGUAUUUUAUUAUUAUUAUUUUGUCUUAGAUAUCACUGUACCUCCUCCUGUGACCCCAACUCCAAAACCACCUGUCUCUGAAACUAAAGAGUAAUUAAUUUAAUAAUAUAUUUUAGAAUCUGUCUUAUUAAUACUAAACUGGUCGAAGUGACUAAGAAUAACAUUAAAGAUGUUAUUAAAGAACUUGAAGCUCUUGAAAACUCUGAACCUACUGAAAAGACAUGUUAUUGCACUGUUCCUAAGAAGGCCUCCAUGUUUAUUGAAUUAUAUGGAGAAGAAUUAUCAAACCAUGUCGACAACCCAGUCAUUUAAAGAUUGAUAGCUCAAAAUCAGGUGCGUUUGAGGAUAUGAUUUAUCAAAUUAUG